CUGUCUCCAAUCUUCUUUCUUGCGAUCAUCCAUUGCAGACCGCCACGGACUCAAGCCGCCGCCAUGGACGCCGAGCAAACCCGAGUCCACUUCGAGCACAUUGUCGCCGAGCUCCAGAGACCUGCUGCACGACCCGCCGCCGAGAAGGCGCUCGAGGAGUUCAAAAGCAUUCCAAACGCCGUAUUACAUUGCCAAUACAUCAUCGAGAAAACCGAAUCCAGUCAGACGCUAUUCUUCGCUUCGAGUGCUCUCUCCGAGCUCGCGGCUAAAGAAUACAGUAUCCGGCCAAAGUCCGAAAUUCAGGGUCUUCGAGACUAUUUGAUCAACCGAGUCUUGCAGGCCCCUGAUAGCGCACUCGAUUACUCUCGCACCAAUCUCCUCCGGAGUGCGGCUAUAAUUGUCAAACGAGGAUGGCUCUAUGAUACACGAGAGGAAAGGCAGUCCCUCCUCCACACCCUAUCGUCGAUGGUUGCGACCGAUGGAUAUAUCCGCCUUGUUGGCCUUGCCUUCCUCAAGCUACUUCUGGAUGAGUUUCAAAGCAAGCGCAUGUCGUCGGUUGGCCUUCCAUGGGUGUUUCAUGCGAGCUGCCGCGAAGCAUUCGAGAGCAACGACCUGCGCUCUGUCUUUGAGCUGGUUCAAAAAAUGCUGCGCGUCUCCCUCGCCCAAAAGCCGCAACUGGAUAGCAGUGACGUCUUGGCCGCCGUCAUUCUGGAAGCGAUUUUAUCUUGGGAUUUCGCUCCCACAAAAAACGCUGGGCUUUCUGGCGACUUUGAGGAGCAUCAGCUCGAUGAAGACACGUACGACGCUGAAGUGGCACCCACCCGAUUUCCUGAAUCAUGGAAAACGCAACUGCUCGACUCCGAAGUCCUCUCAACCAUCUUACAGCUUCACACCAGGCUACUCGCUUCCAACCAUGCCCAUCUUUCUCGGUCGAUCUUGAUCCGCUAUUCUUCGCUGAGCGGGCCUCUUCUUGCAGAAAAGGACACUCGCCUUCGCCACUACGUUUCCCUCUGUGCCGGAGUAUUGCAGUUAGUGAAGAAUUUCUCCAUCAUGGAUGUUGAAACCGACGAGGCUGGGUCCGAGUUGAUCGGCCUCUGUCAGAUCGCUCGUCGCAUUCUUCUCUACUCCAAGCUGGAAGACAUCAUCUCGACGGGCGAAUCCGAGCAAUUUUUCUCUGAACUGGGGCGCAUGACUGAAAUGUGCCUCAGCAAAUUCGACACCCUUGACGACGGAGACCAUUGGCUUGCUGCAACGGAUGAGCUCCUGGUCAUGUGGUCGGCAUUUGUAUUCGAUCUAGGCUUCUACGUCGGCUCCAAUCCGCCGUCCGGUAUCCAGAAUCACUCUCGACUCCAAGUCUUUCUCGAGGCACUCGGAGCACGCUGCUUUCAGCUCUAUGUGGAUCGUCGUCUGACUCUUGCCGCCCGAGUUGAUGACGAUGACGCCGAUGAUACCAUCGGUAUCCGUGAUCGCGAUCUCUAUGGCGACCAGCUUCUCUACAUCACCACGCUCGGUCGUGUCAGUGCUAUUGGCUCCCUUUCCAAGCUCGCUACGCUUUGGGCCGGUGCGCUUGAGCAAUUCAGGAGCAGCACGCUGCUCGGUGGUGCUGGCAUCUCGACCACGCUUAACGAGCAGCUUUGCUGGCUUAUUGUCAUCAGUGGACAUUUAUGCGCUGACUCGGGAAUCGGUGAGACACCAGCCGUCCCCCAAGCCUUCGACAAGCAGGAGAUCUUUGGAAUGCUGAGCUCGAUUGUUCAGUCGGUGAUGCAGCUCUGGGAGCUCGUCAACGUUCAGCCGACCGAUCCUUUGGCCUUGUAUCUAAGCCCGCUUUUGACUGAAAACAUAACAUGGUUCGUCGAUCGCUGGUCACGGACUUAUCUCUGUAUGGAGGAUAUCACAAGCGCAUCCAACGGCCCCACCGCGACUACCUUUGGUGUCGAAACACUGAAUAUCAUUCUGAGAAAUCUUCAUGGCAAUUUUCAUCUGUGGAACUCUGACGAAGGCGUUCUCCAGAUCACAGUCUCGGUUCUGGAAACCUAUGCCAACAUGAACCGUAUCCGGAAUGCUCUGUUUGAACAGCAGCCUUUCCUGGAGCUUGUUACCUUCCUCUUCCAAAACCUGGGAAGUUUUCCGUCCUCUAUUCACUGCUCCCUCAUUCAAGCCAUCACAACGAUUGCGACACAUGUAUCAUCCGAUCACUUCAAAGCACUCUACUUUUCCAAUCUUUCGAGUGCUAUCGAGAGCCGUUUGGAUCAUAUCAUUCAACAAAUCAACUCGACAAAUUACGAGAAUCCCGAAAUCGCAUUGGAGCUCAUUAAUGUCAUGGAGAUGUACAUCGGCGUCCACCUAUCUGCGGAUGAAUACAGCUCCGUCGCUAUUUUCGGCAUGAGCGCCAAGCAAUUCGAUACUUGUCUGAAGCUUCUCCACUAUUAUCGGAACAACCCACAAGUGGAGAUCUACUUGCUGCAAUUCUUCCAGACACUGGUGUCCCAUCUAGCUCUUGAUAUGCUCGCCGUCGACUGUCUCCAGCAACUUUUCAAGGCAACGAUUGAUCUUAUCAGAGUCUAUACCGAAAACAACUCAGGGCGAGUCCGACGACAGGAUAAAGGAGAAGAAGACGAAAUUCUCGAUGACAUCAAAGCCGUUCUGGUCCUCCUCUCUGAGCUGAUAGACUGGGGCAGCGCUCAGGAUGUAUCAUCUCGCUCAGGCACAAUCACCACUCCGAGCGACCCAGGCCAUUUGGAAGUGCAGGAUGUCGUAUACUAUGGCAUCAGCCACGUUAUCCCGCUGAUCACAGCGGACAUGCUCAAUAAUGCCUCGCUUUGCCUCAACCUUGUCAGUACCAUUGGUCAGCUUCUCGACACCUACCCCCAUCGAUUCGAUCAGCUGCCUAGCCAGAUGAUCAGUAAUAUGAUGAAGACAUUGGAAUUCGGUCUCAACAGCCAUGUUCUAGGCAUCGCCCGUGGCUCAUUCUCCGCAGUAGCUCGCCUGGCACUCUUCAAGUACUGGGAACAGCACCGUGCCGGUGUGGUUCUUGGCGAGGCUAGUGCUGCUAUUCUCGAUCAGUUUCUCCUCCAGGUGUUCGACAUUCUCUUGUUCAAAAGCUUCAACUAUGAUUUGAUGGAGGCCGCGAGCGAGGCACUUUUUGGCCUCACCCUGGCACGCAAGGCGGUAUAUAUGCAAGCCGUCCAUCGUAUCGUUGAACAUCAAGAGUCACCUGAUAUUCGAUCUCGGCUGAUGAGUGCCUUCCAGCUGCUUACGGCCGCUGCCGAGGAAUCUGAGCGUCUGCACCAAAGCCUUGGUCCCACUUCCCGCAAUGGAGUCAUGAGCCGCGCAUUCAAACCGUACAGCGCCGCCCUUGUCUCGUUCCUCAUGGAAGUCCGUGGAUAUUUGCGGCUCAAGUGAAUGGGCGAAUAGAUGAUAAGCUCUGACCAGCGCCAGCUGCAUGCCGGUGCUGAGCGACUCCCCUCAUUCGUUUGUGAAUAAGGCGCUCUCAAUCAAGCUCCCCCCUCUUCCAAUUACUCCCUGAGAUUUCUUUCCAUCGCUAUCACUGUCCGCUCGUCCGGUCCUCGCUCAGCAUCUUGGCUCCGACAUAGCGUCCGUCUAUAUCUUGCCUGUUGUACGAUCCGCGAUAUAACGUGCUUCAAAUGGAUUGUCUUCAUUAAACGAUCAUACAGUUGCACAGCUCAAGUUGUGAAUAGCGGCAUUGAUAUCGGAUUUUUUUUUUCUUUCUUUAUUGUGCGCCGCCACGGCGGCGCACUAGCCAUCAGGACC